GCCAAAUGACCCUCACCCGUACAUACCGAGUUAUUCGUCCGUCGCUUAGACAAGCGAUUUUAAAGAGAUGUCGGCUGCCGAUUUCGACUCGCUUGAUUUCAUCACUUUCCAGGCAGAUUCGAGCAGAGGCAAGGAGCCAUUGGUUGCAGGUGAGAUUGAAGGGCAGCCAUGUCUGGACUGCAAUUGUCGAGGACUUUCUUCUCAUCCAUGGAGAAAGAGCUGCAUUUUCUGCAAAUGUCCAUUAGAGUGCCAUGACAUUCCUCUGAAUGCAAGCCAUAAUAAUUUGCCAGAAGACCGUAUGGGGGUUGAAGAGAAGCCACCAAAGCCAUCAUUGAUUAAAGUGAAGGAAGCGAAUGCAGAGGGAUUUGUAUGGGUGCCUGCUGGUCUGACAGGUGGCCAGAUCACAGAAUUCAUGUCUAAGCUGCCAGAAGAUAAGGUCCCAAAACUUGAUUCUAAGGGUGCUAGGUUUUGGUUGAAGCAGCGUGUUUACCAGAUGCCACUGCAAGAUUUCUCUACAAAGCAUUGCCGCAAACUGGCACUGGAUCAGAAGAUGGCUAUGGAUGACAUGUGUCUGAAGAGGCUAGACAAGGCUGUGGGAGUUGGAGCAGUGAAAAUAGGCCUUACCAUGCCAGCAUCAUGCACUAAGUGCACGAUCCCAAUGAAUGUUGGUGAGAUGGCUGUGUUUGCCAUUCGCUCAGGACCAGACUCAUGCUGGCAUGUGCAAUGUUUUGUGUGCUCAGAAGAUGGUGAGCUACUAGUUGAUCAUGUCUACUGCUGGGAUGAAGAAAAGCAGAAGCUAUUCUGUCCAAGGCACUGGAGCGAGUCACUAAAGCCUCGCUGUGCAGGAUGUGAGGAGUUGAUCUAUGUAGGGGAAUAUUCCCAGGCUAUGGACCAGAACUGGCAUCCAGGUCACCUUUGCUGUUACUACUGUGAUGAGUCAUUGUCAAACCAGAAAUUUGUCACAGUGGAUGAGCAGCCUUCUUGCAUCAACUGCUAUGAUAAAAAAUUUGCCAAUAAAUGUGAGAAUUGCAAGAUUCCGAUUGGUCCUGGCACUAAAGAUGUUGAUGUUCGUGGUAAACACUGGCAUGAGGAAUGCUUUGUAUGUUCACAGCCAGAAUGUAAAAAGCCUUUGCUAAAUCAAGGGUUCACCUUCAAGGAAGACAACUUGAUCUGCCAUUCCUGUCGUGGAAUUACCCCAUCCAAAGUUUGUGAAAUAUGUGGUAGAGAUUUUGCUCCAGGGGAGAAGAAAGUUGGAUAUCAGAGCAAAACCUUCCAUGAGAAAUGUUUUAUAUGUGAUGAAUGCAAACAACCUAUUGGUACUCAGCAGUUUAUCAGAAGAGAGGACAAGCGCCUGUGUGGAAAGUGCUAUGAGACUGGUUAUGCCAGGAUCUGUGUCAGGUGUAAUGAGCCUAUAAAAACUGCUUCAGUAAAGCAUGAUGACAAUGUGUACCACUCAGAAUGCUUCACUUGUACAAUGUGCGCACAACCAUUGGCAGGAAAGCCAUUUACCAAGCAUGAGGGAAAUAACGUUUGUCAAGAUUGCUACCGCAAUAAUUUUGCAAAGAGGUGUGCAGCUUGCGAGAAGCUGAUAGAAGGAAGUGUCAAAUUUGUAGCUUAUGGUGAAAAAUUUUAUCACCGAGAUUGCUUCACAUGUGCCAGAUGUGGUAUGGCUUUGGCUGGUGAGAAGUUCCGUGUGGUAGAGGAUGAGAAAGUGUGCAUCAAAUGCAGUUCUUAAAUUAGUUAACUGAAAAACUACUUGAUUCUGCAAAGCUGGCAGUAAUUGAAUAAUUAGAUAGAUAAAUACUUACGUGUACUUGUCAUUAAUUCUCUUGAAAUCAGGAGUGAACGUGCUGGGCAUGUCUAAGUCUUAGCUUUAAGAUAAUUUUUUACAACUACUGCCAACUAUGCAGAGUCACUUUGCUAUUACUUAAUUAAAGACCAAACUAUAUCUCAAAGAUUUGAUGUUUUACAUUUGAAAAGGAGUUCUAUUUAAAUUUCAUUUUUAACAAAGCAUUUAGAAGGCAAAUGUGGACACGUUUGGGCUGAUUAAUGAAUUUAUCACACAUACAAAGUAGUUCAAUCUUAUUUUAUGAAUUUCUCAAUAAGAUGAUCUAAGAUUUUGAUGAGGAGUUUGCAUUUUUGUUUUUGAACCAUUACUUGGUGGCCAAACUGUUAGCUUGCUGGACUUUGGGUUGAGAGGUCUGGGUUCUAGCCCCAGUGGGGUCAUUGUGUGGUGCUCUUGAGUAAGAACUGGGUAGCGGAAAACUGCUAGGGAAUCCUGACAAAAUACAGAGAGUUAUCCUGUGCUGGACCAGCAUUAAAUCUGAGGGGAGGGAGGAGGGAGGCAACAAUAUCCCCUGUUGCUUCUUUCUGCAGAGAGCACAGACUGAGGUCAGCUUCAGUGCCUGUGGACCAUGCAGCUGAACCCUUUAACUCCCAUGAGAGACCAAGACAGAAUUUCUCCUUCCAAUAUCAAUACAAUAUCAAGCAGACAAGUGAUGAUGAGAAUAGAUAAAUUAUUGAUUAAGGGAUUAUUAGUUGAUCCAAUACGAAUUUCUCCAAACAAGCAUCACAAGAACUAUACAGCAGACAGUUAGGAGAAUUACUAAUGAGAUCUUGGGAGUUAAAGGGUUAAGUACAGAAUUCUCUGUUCCUCUCAUCUAGUCUAACAGAAUAUUUUACACUGUGGUUAGGUUAUUUUAUGGAUUCAUGAAUGGACAGUGUCUUCCUUUUCUUGAAAACAUAGAACAGUUGCAGUAGUUUUACUUUACAUCAAAACAAUGAGAAAAGUUGCAAGAGAUUAUCAGAAUUAUAUUUUUUUCCCAAAGUGUUGAAAGAGUGGUUGACAGUCUGUAUUAGCCUUCAAAUAUUGUGUGAACCCAAAUUUAAGUUAUCUUCACUUCUUACUUAGCAGAGUAAGAUAAUCUACAUUUUAAUAUGAUGUAGUUGCCUGGAACAUCCAGUAAUGUGUUAAAAAGUUAUUCUAUCAAUAGUAUUGUUAAAAGAAAGGAGUUAAGAUUUCUAUGGUCUCUUUUACUUUUCCCUAAAUGAAUUAGGUACUCAUAGAAUUAGGCACUCACAGAAAAAGCUAUAUGUCACAUUGGGCAGUCUUGCAUGAUUCAAGCUUUCAUUCCCACACUGUUUUGCUUUUUGAUAAGACAAAUGCAGCUCAGAGUACUGGGAGUCAGAGGGUAUUCAAAGCUGAAGGCUUACAUGUAUUUAGUUUUAAUUUUAAUUUAAAAUUUCCACGUAGGGUUGAAAUGUGAGUAGAAAACAUUGAACAUGGAAAAUCCCUUUUGGGUUAAAAGCAGCUGUAGUAAGAGAAAUAAGUACAUAAAAGACAAUAUGGUGAGGAGUUGAACCAUAAACUAUGACAGUAUGGUUCUAUGAUAAUGAAAUAUUAGGCAAGGUAUUGCUGAGAUGGAGUUGUAUAUAGUUUAGAGGUGCAAAGAAGUAGAGAAUUGUAAGUUAAGGUAAAGAGUCAAAGUAACAGCUCUCAUUUGAAAUGUGAAGGGAAAUUACACUCCAGUGUAGUGGCAUGGUUUACUGGCAAUGAUAAGAAAGAGAGAGAGAUGCCAGUAUUUCCAUCUAUGCCUAAAGUGAAGCAUUUCCAUGUAAACAUUUCUGUUUAGAAACUAUUUAAAGACCUUAAAUUAGCUAGCUAGUAAAGAAAAUUAAGUGUUAUUCCAAUAGGAUAAUAUUAGAAGAAGAAAUUAUUGUGGAAACUUAGGAUGAUGAUAAUAAAUUGUUGUGAUCUC